GACAACUGCCAAGGACCGCCCAGACCACCGCGAUAAUCCUUUUGACACCAAUUGAUAAUUACUGACGUUCUGUUAUUCUUGAUUCCGAAAAUGGGUUUUACCCCAUUUCUUUAUAUUCAAUUUUGACUUCAUGUGAUUUUAUGCUUCCUCAUCCGUCUGUGUCAAGUAGCGUAAUAGUUGUUUUCCUGCCCUAAUAUAGACCAGAUUCUAAUAUUGUUCUAGCUUUUGGAAGUUGGGUUUGAGUCCAUUUCAAUCUUUAUACCCCAUUGAUAUAAAUAUUUGGUUCUGAUUUGCUGAGAGCAUAUUUGGAAAUUUCGUUUUUUUCUAUGUUCUUCAUUUCCCAAAAAGGGAGUAAAAUAUGGAAUAUGAUUUGGAACCUUUUAGUUGCUAAUGCUGAGGGAUUGUAGAAGAUAAAAAAAACCAAAAUUUUUGCUUAUUUGUGGAGAAAAAAAAGGAAUGUAAUUUGGAACCAAAAAGAACCAGAAUUUUUAUAUACUAAAAUAGAUAUCCAAGUUCGACUAAGGUAUCAUUAAAAACUUAUUUGCAGCACUAUAUAGUUGUUUGUGUUCAAGUAGCAUUUUUCCUGUUUGUUGUCAUGUGUUAGAGCUGGAAUGUCUCAUGUGAACUCCUUUUUGGAAUUAAAUUCAACUUGGCAAAUCUAGAGUCAAUCUUAUGCUUCUCACUUCUUUUUCUGCAUAUAUGAUGAUAAUGUUAUAGAUCUUAUUGAAAAUCGUUUAGAGGGAUAAUAGAGAUGAAGUCACCCUUUUCACAGGAUUGUAAAUAACAACAUUAUGUUCAGGAGGAAUCUAUAUUCCAGAUGGCAAACCUAUCAGCUUUGAACUUUCUUUGUGUCACUAUCCUUGGUUCUUGUUUUGUUGAGAGAUUAAAACCAAGACCAGUUGGUUUGAGUUAGGAAAGUGAAUCUUUACUUAAACCCGACUUUAUCAGACUUGGCAACAAUGUGUAGAAGUAGAAUCAAGAAUGAGAAUAUUACUUAAAAUAAUUUUAUUAGUUUUUGCAGCAAAAGUAUUGGAGAUAUGGGAACCAGAGGAGUAAUUGGAGAUAAGUGGUACAUGAGGAUUCUUUGGGUGUGUGCAAUUGGAAGUGCAAUCGGCCUGUAUAUGGUUGCUGUAGAAAGAAAAACACAGAACAGGGAACGAAUGAUGGCUGAAAGUUUGAAGGCCAUGGAAUCUGAAGGUAGCAGUGAAGAACUUUGAAUCUUGACAUGCUUAAAUGUUUUAUAAAUCACUAAUAACAACUUGUUGAAGACCUCCAGAUUUUACAUCAGGAUUUAGGAUCACCUUUUUGUUGAAAAGGUUUCUCAUGUAUGGAUUCUGUAAAUGAUCCAUAAGAUGGUUUUCAUCUAUUGAACUUAAUUGGUUGGGCAAUCAUUAAACC